CCAUCCUAUGGGAAUCCGCUGGUCUGCGUCGCCGGGUAUGCGAUUGGUUGAUCCGAGGUGGUGCUGGAGGUCAGCCCGCCGGCCCAUCCAACCAGGAAGCCUGUCGGAAGUAUUCCUCCCGACGCCGGCUUCUUGUGGCUCCUCCCGACCGCGCAUGUCGCAAUCGAUGUUUGCGAGCGACGCAGCCGCGGGGAGCGGCUCGGGCUCGCUAACGACAGCGACCGCUCCUGCGUCUUCUCCUUGCCUCCUGUGAACCUCUUCCUCUGUUCCGCUCAAGCAAGCAUGGCCCAGCACGGCGAAGGCCUCGAGCGCAUCUCGGCGCUACUUGGAUGGGGCUAUUUCGUGGCCUGGAGUGCCAGCUUCUAUCCCCAGCUGCUUCUCAAUUACCGACGCAAGAGCGUCACUGGCCUUUCCUUUGACUUCCUUGCCCUCAACUUUAUCGGAUUCACAUGCUACUCGCUCUACAAUGUCAUCUUUUUCGCAAGCCCGUUGAUCCGCGACCAGUACAAGAACCGCUGGGGGAGUGAAAACCUCGUUGGCCUCAACGACGUCUGCUUCAGUGUGCAUGCGUUCCUGGCCCUGCUCGUCGGGAUAAGCCAGGCGCUGGUCUAUGAGCGCCAUCCGAGCCAAAGAGUGCACCGGCCCGUCUGGAUUUUCUUCUACUGGUCGCUGGCCGGACUCGGCGUCGUGCUUCUGGGGACGGCAGUGGGAUAUGUGUUGCUCCUGGAUGUGGUCUAUUAUCUCAGCUACGUGAAAAUGGCCACGAGCCUGCUCAAGUACACACCCCAGGCCUACCUGAACUACCGACGGCAAUCCACAAUCGGCUACAGCAUCGGCGGUAUUCUUCUUGACUUUGCCGGAGGCAUCAUGUCAAUCACUCAGCUGGUGCUGGACGCCUACAUCUCAGGGAACUGGAACGGCAUCAUUGGGAACCCCAUCAAGCUUGGCCUCGGCCUGACCUCGCUCGCUUUCAACGUCAUAUUUAUGGUGCAGCACUAUGUCUUGUACACUCAGAGGGAGGUCCACAGUCAGGACGAAGUGCGCCUGCUGCUGGAAACCGAUGGUCCUUGAGGAUGAGGAGCCCCCUCGAGUGGUCUCCGGUGACCUUGGUUGGUAUGCCCUGCUCUGGGCCGAGCCAAAUGACAGACGGGCACGGGACGACAGGUCUGCUCCCCCCCCCACUCAGCGGGAUCCUGGCAUGGAUGCAAAUUGUCCGCAAAUAUCCGCAGACGCUCCAACAUAUGAUACCCACCAACGGGCGGUCGAUUGCCCGAGACCUCUUUGGGUGCAGCCGAACGACAGAUGCGCUGUUGAAAUAAAAGUCGAACUGCAGACACGUA